CCCUGCAGGAUCCUGCAGAAAAGAAACUUGAAAAGUGAGCGUGUUAAAGAAUCCUGCUCAAUUAUACUCACCAACUUGCAGGAAAAUUUUCAGCGAGGUAACGUGAUGUAAAAACUUGCACUAUAUAUCCAGCAUUCACAGGAUUUUUUCAGAUUCCGGUGUGUCAACGCAGGAAUUCAUAAAUCUUUUUUCAGUGGGUAGCAUCCUAUACCGAGAAUCCUACGACCAUAUUAUCAGUAAGAUCCUACAGGGUUGCCUGAUCUGGGUUCCUUUCAUGAAAAAGAGUCAACAGGACUACCUGACUGGUGCUGGGCGCUUCGUUUCAAAAGGCAUGUUGUGAUUGUGAUAAACUAAGAUUAAUUGAAUAGAACAGAUGUACACGGCUGAAAUAAGUAUCCAAAACUUGACUUUAGUGGGCGGUUUUCUCGUAAUAUAUGAGGGUGAAUAAGAAUCGAAAUUUUCCCCCUUAAAUUUUUAAAAUUAUCGAAAAUUUCCAUUUCACUUUCAGUUCCUAACUUCAAAAAUAUUUUCUUUUUAUUUUACGUCAAAACUGAAUGUAAAAGCAUAUUUUCGAUGUCAGGGAAGUAUGAUAGGAUCAAAAAGUUUAAAAUUUGAGAAGAGCGCAAAAUCUUCCGCUGUUAGCACCAAAAGCUUCAGGUCUUUACGGAUUUGAGAUGAAGCCAAUAUUUUUACGUGAUUCCACUCGCCAUACAACCCCGAAAUAAAGUAUGUAUGCGUCUUAUGAGAUUGCUUUUCAUUUCUAAGAUAUUGCGUUUUUACUGGAACCUGAACAAUUUGACGAAAAUCGGGCAAGUCAUUCUCGAAUAAAAUGGUCAGUUUUGAGUCGACUUCAACGAAAAUUUGAAUAUGGGUAGAAAACAUCGAAGAAUCUAAUGAAAAAACUUCUGAAGGCUCUAUAGAGCCUUCAGAACAUUUCCAGAGCAUUUUUGGAAAACCUUCUCUGCUCACAACUGUUGUAAAAAUCAUUCACAUCGAAGAAAGUAAUUUUCUACAAAAUGUAACUAUUUUCAGAAUUUUGCGCACUACCUACGCUGACAAAUUGAGGUUUGACUUGAAACUUUCGAAAGACUACAGUUUCAAGUAAUGUAUUGUAUUAAUAAAGCAUCAGAGAAACGUCAGAAUGGCUUUAUUUUAUUCAGAAUUCUUUUCUCGAUGCUCACCAUAUGUGUACAACUGUGCAAUACAGUCUUUUAAUUGAAUCUAAUAUACCACGGUUCGGAUUAACGAUCGCCCACUUCACAAAAGUGAUUACUCAAGACAGGUGUCCACAUAGCAACAGUGUAUCUAGGCAUGUUACAAACCCAAACCCAAGCCACUUGGGUGUAUAGACUUGGGUAUUAGGUUGGCCUUCGUGAGAUGUUAAAAGACCGUUCUUCUUCAAGUAUAACUUAUCAUUAGUAACUUGACGACUUUUUUUCAUACGUUUUAUUUGUCUCUUUCUUCUCAUUGACCUUAUUUUCCCUAACAAAAAUCAGGUUUGCUUUAGUUUUCUCUAUUAUUUUCUAUCACUUUUAUAGUGUAUACAACAAAUUCCGCCGUACUUUUGGACUUGUGCUCAUUUUUGUAAAUAUUUUUCUCUUCUUUGCGAUAACAAGAGAAAAGGUACGCGGUCAAUUUGUACGCCAAAUUUGUCUCAGUGUCAACUUUGCUAAUAAGCUUUUUUGUCAAAUCUUCCAUAGAUUUUCAUGCUUGGACCCACUGAGUUUAAAGGAUUAUUUCGUGGUCUGAAAGGGUUUUUAUUCGGCUGCAAUAUAAUAAAGAUUUUCACGAAAAAAUACCAUUUUCUUUUACAAUUUGCUUUCUUAUAAAUAGAAAUGCUUGGACAGUGAAGCAUAAUCGACAUGCUCGAUUCUGGACUAUGCUCGAAUAUAACGCUAUUUCAACGAAAGUGUCAGCGGAGUAUCAUGCGAAGCUCAUCAGAAAGCGACGAAAAUAUGGUCAAUAUUAUUUUGUAGUUGUUGAGAUUUUUUUAUCCUUCGCGAUAGUAUUGUCUUACGAGAGCAGCUGCAGUCGUUAAAAAUGCUUACUUUUUAGCAUAACUUAGGAGAUUCUUGACUGGAAAAGCUUUUGAUUUUCUUAUAGAAGAUGUUCUGGUUUGUUUUAGUCGCUUUAGGAAUGGUAUAUACUUUUAAAAAACUUAAAAAUUUCAUGGGUCCAGUUAGGAAAUCGAAAAAAAUUCUAAAAGAUUCAUCGAUGCAAAAUCGAUUUUUCUUUCUUUUAACUGUCACUUGAAAUCUGUUCUGUACAUGUAUUUAAGACACUAAAAAAUAAAGAUGAUAUUCGCAAAAUAAAUAGCGUAAAAGCACUCAACUCUUCUAGAUAUUUCACCUAAUUUAAAGAAAGUUCUUAUCGCUACCAUCUUGCACACAUAUAUCCACAGGACGAAACAAAACACUACACAUUCUGUUUUCACAUGGACUACCAUGAAAUAAAGCAUCGUACUAGACUCUUAUUAACCCAAGUCCAACAUAAUACCAAACCCAACUCUGACCCAAACCCAAUACCCAAGUGUAGACUUGGGUACCCCAAACCUAAACCCAAUUCUUUGGUUGGGUUAGGGUUUGUAACAUACCUAAUUGUAUCGCAUCAUCUUUUUUUUUGUCUUUCCAGUCUAUAAAUCAAGAAAACAAUAAAAAGAAAAAGAAAAUUGAAGGUAAACAAGAAUUAGAGUUACAUCAUACACAAUUUAUUUUAUUUGAUGAUGGAACACUUAAUCCAUCGGAUAUGGGAAUUUAUCGUUCAAGAUUAGCACGAGAAAUUUCUCGUGGAGCACACCGAGCAAUACCACUAAUUGCCAUAGUAGUAGCAGGUGGUUUGCAAACACUGCAAACAAUUCACAAUGAUUUACGAAAAAAUAUACCCAUUGUUAUUAUUGAUGGCAGCGGUCCUAUGGCUGAUUUACUGACAGAUUUUCUGCAGCGUAAUCAAAGAAAAGAAAUAGGUAAUGAUCAUGAACAAAACAAAGAAGCAUACGGCACGGUUUUGAAAGACGAUGAUAAUGAAGAAGAAUCGUGGACGGAACUGUUUUCGGAGAAAUUACAAAGAGAUCUUCAACGAGAAUUUAAAACACAAUUAACUGAAAUAAGACAACGAUUAUUUGGCAUUUAUGAAGAUGAAAUAUUAACUAAAUCGCGUUCAUAUAAAAAAUCAGCUGGUUAUUUACUAAAUCCAUUUCAGAAACGUCAUUUACAAAAAAUGAUAUUGAUGUUUCUGUAUUGUCUUCAAAAACAUUUUCGUUCUAAUUUCAAAAUUUUUAGUUUUGAUAGUAAAUAUAAGUUAUAUGAUUCAAUCUAUAAGGCGUUUAUUCAAGCUCGUGAUAAUUUAGCAAUGGAGCUUAAUAAACCAUUUGAAGAUCAACUAGAUGUAGCAUUAAAAUGGAGUCGGGCAGAAGCAAUUAAUGAAUUGCUUGAUCACGUGCAGGAGCAUACUGACCGUAACAAUGGUAAAGUUGGUUUCAAUAUGACAGCAGACUAUGCAACAGCGAAAACAUUCCAAUCUGCUGAUCCAGCAAAAGUUGCUAUAAGAAAAAAACUUUUUAUUCCAGCCCUGUUACAAAGUAAAGCUGCAUUUGUUGAAAAUUUUAUGAAAUUAGGCUUUGAUUUACCACCAAUAUUAUUAACAAAAUUUGAACCGAAACAUAACUGGCGCUGGAAUGCCAAAAUAAAAUAUCUACGAGAAUUUGGCUUAGACUACCUUUCAGAACUUUAUCAUGAUUCAAAAUUGAAGACGGAACGUUUGUACAUUCAUGACAGAAUAAAACAUUCAAAAUUUGAUCUAGCAGAAAUAGAUGGAUUAAACGGAUUACUGACGGCUCUCAUUGGCAAUUAUAUGCGUCCACUUUAUACAACUCAAGUCAAAACAAAAAUCGCCACUGUCUCGUCUUCUAAAGUAAAACCACAACAGCAAGAACCAGCACGUUCGUCUUAUAAAGCUCGUCAACGUUAUACAUUUCAAUCAGUAAACAAAAGUGAUUUGAUUUUAGAAUAUAUUUAUCGUGAUUUAUUUUUAUGGUCUGUUAUAACACAUCGAAUUGAAUUAGCUAAGUUAUGCUUAGCUAAUAUGAAAAAUCGCAUAUUUUAUGAUCAAGAAACAAAAAAUAACUUGACAACAGAAGCAACUGAAUUUGAAGAAUUUGCUAUUGGUUGUUUAAAAUGUUGUUAUAAUGAUGAUAAAACAUAUGCUUGUGAAUUAGUUAUACGUAAAAUUGAUUUAUUUGGUGGAGUCACUUGUUUACAGGUCGCAGCUGCAGCUGAUAAUAAAAAAUUUUUACAUGAAGAAACAUGUCAACUUUUGUUAACAAAUAUUUGGUAUGAUCGAAUUGAACCAUUAAAAGAAACAUAUCUAUUUUAUUUGGAUUUAAUCACGUUUAAUGUACCACGGACAUUCGUUCGUUUAAUAAAAGAAAUGAAGGAGGCAAAGAAAAGAUAUGAAGCACAAGCCAGAUCUAUAUAUAUUGAUGGCACAACUUCAGAAAAAGUAGCUGAUCGAGCUGUUCAAAGGCUCGAAUCCAACGGUAUUGAUUACACGAAUGAUUAUAAUGAUAAAGAAAGACCUAUCCGGCGUUUUUGUCAUUUUCAUGAAACACCAAUUGCCAAAUAUCAUUAUUGCUGUGUGUUUUACCAAGACAGUCAAAAACCAUGGGGAAAAGUUCUUACGUAUUUUGAUAUUAAAAAUCGUUCUUCAAAUUUACUUAUUAUUCUUCCAGCAUAUAUUUUGUUUUAUAUUGGCUUAAUAUUUCGAUUUAAAUAUACUAGUGAUGAUUCAUUUUCUGUUGCAAGAAUUAUCUUAUCGUAUGAUCUUGAAUUUUGGUUUAUUCGAUCCUUAUUGUUCAUUGGAAUAGCUAAAAGUCUUGGUCCAAAACUUGUAAUGAUAAGAAAAAUGAGUAAUGAUUUAAUGUUUUUUGUAUUUUUAAUAAUUGUUGCCAUUAGUGCAUAUGGUAUUACAUCUCGUUCAAUGUAUUUAUAUGGAACAUUUCAGUUUAAUUUGGCACAAAUAUUUGAAAAUGUUAUUUAUCCAGUUUACUAUUUUAUAUAUGGGAGUUUUGACGAUGAAAGAACGGCUUUACAAGUCCCAGUGCCGCGACAACAGUUGGAACUCAAAUAUUAUUAG